AACUAUCUGGCUCAUGAAGUGAGAAAUAGCAAAUCAUUAAACAGUACUUAAAAACAGUGCUUGGAACACUGUAAGCACUCAAACGUCAUUUUCACAGAGGCCAAGACGCCAUUGCCCUUUUAAGGACGCCCCUCCCCACUUUUGCAGCUAAGCGGAAUAUCCGCUCAGGGAUCCGGAAGUGACCUCAGAGCCCCUCAGAAACAUGGCCCCGGAACGUUCUUCCGGAAGCGGUCAUAGGCAUCUCCGUGACGCACAGCGAUUUAAGAGCGUCCCGCAGGGUUUCCAUGGUGCAACCCUCAGCCCCGAGUCCUUCGGCUUUCUCUCGUUCCCGAGCGCACUGAACAAGGCAGGAGGCCAGUCGCUCUCGCGACACUGACGCUGCUUGGGGGAGGGGUGGGGAGAACAAGUGACGCUCUAGGCAAGUCCGUCUUCAUCUCUAUGGUGCCGAAUGCUCCUGCGCCCCGGUCCACCGCGUCGGGACGAACGUUGCCCCUUUAAUUGGCGGAGGGCGGUGCCGAGGAGGUCCCGCGAGAGCGGCGGGGGGCGGGGGGCGGUGCCGAGGCUGGGGGCCCGUGGCCGAUGGAGCCCGCGAUGGAGCCGGAGACUCUGGAGGCGCGAAUCAGUCGCACUAGCCCUCUCGUCUCCUCCAGACAGAGCCACAAACCCCCUGAACAAGGAGCUGAACUGGGCCAGCAUCAACGGCUUCUGUGAGCAGCUCAACGAGGACUUUGAGGGGCCUCCACUUGCCACCCGGCUGUUGGCCCACAAGAUCCAGUCCCCGCAGGAGUGGGAGGCAGUCCAGGCCCUGACGGUGCUGGAAACAUGCAUGAAGAGCUGCGGCAAGAGGUUCCACGACGAGGUGGGCAAGUUCCGCUUCCUCAAUGAGCUCAUCAAGGUCGUGUCUCCCAAGUACCUGGGCUCUCGGACAUCAGAGAAGGUGAAGAACAAGAUCCUGGAGCUUCUCUACAGCUGGACGAUCGGCCUCCCUGAGGAGGUGAAGAUUGCAGAGGCCUACCAGAUGCUGAAGAAGCAGGGGAUCGUGAAGGCCGACCCCAAGCUGCCAGAUGAUGCCGCCUUUCCCGUUCCUCCACCACGGCCGAAGAAUGUGAUCUUUGAAGAUGAGGAGAAAUCCAAGAUGCUGGCCCGCCUGCUGAAGAGCUCCCACCCUGAGGACCUCCGAGCAGCCAACAAACUCAUCAAGGAGAUGGUGCAGGAGGACCAGAAGCGAAUGGAGAAGAUCUCGAAGCGGGCGAGCGCCAUCGAGGAGGUGAACAACAACGUGAAGCUGCUGACGGAGAUGGUGAUGAACCACAGCCAGGGCGGCGCGGCGGCCCGAAGCAGUGAAGACCUCAUGAAGGAACUGUACCAGCGCUGUGAGCGCAUGCGGCCCACCCUAUUCCGACUGGCCAGUGACACGGAGGACAAUGAUGAGGCCUUAGCGGAGAUCCUGCAAGCCAACGACAACCUUACCCAGGUCAUCAACUUGUACAAGCAGCUGGUGCGGGGCGAGGAGGUCAACGGUGAUGCCACCACCGCCUCCAUCCCCGGGAGCACCUCGGCCCUUUUGGACCUCUCAGGGCUGGAUCUUCCUCCGACAGGCACCACCUACCCAGCCGUGCCCACCCGCCCUGGCAACCAGGCCAGCCUGGAGCAGCCCAGCACCUCGGUUUCCCUGCUGGAUGAUGAGCUCAUGUCUCUGGGCCUCGGCGACCCCACACCCCUCUCUGGCUUGGAUGGUGCUGGGUGGAACAGCUUCCAGUCGUCUGAUGGCAUGGAAGCCCCAGCCCCGACUCCAGCUCCCAGUGUGGACAGUGGGCCCCCAGCGCAGACAUCCCCGCCCGCGAGCAGUGGUCUGGAUGACCUUGACCUCCUGGGGAAGACCCUCCUGCAGCAGUCGCUGCCCCCGGAGUCGCAGCAAGUGCGGUGGGAGAAGCAGCAGCCAGCCCCCCGGCUCACACUCCGGGACCUGCAGAAUAAAAGCAGCUGCAGCUUGCCCAGCUCCAGUGCCACCGGCCUGCUCCACUCCGUGUCCCCUGAGCCCCCCGGGCCUCCGCAGCAGCCCACGCCCACCGAGCUCUCGCUGGCCAACAUCACUGUGCCUCUGGAGUCCAUCAAACCCAGCAGCAUCUUGCCAGUGACCGUGUAUGACCAGCAUGGCUUCCGGGUCCUCUUCCACUUCGCGCGAGACCCACUGCCUGGGCGCUCCGACGUGCUGGUGGUGGUGGUUUCCAUGCUGAGCACCGCCCCCCAGCCCAUCCGCAACAUCGUUUUCCAGUCAGCUGUCCCCAAGGUCAUGAAGGUGAAACUUCAGCCACCCUCAGGCACGGAGCUGCCAGCAUUUAACCCCAUCGUCCACCCCUCAGCCAUCACGCAGGUCCUGCUCCUUGCCAACCCCCAGAAGGAGAAGGUUCGCCUCCGCUACAAGCUCCUCUUCACCAUGGGCGACCAGACCUACAAUGAGAUGGGCGACGUGGACCAGUUCCCCCCACCAGAGACCUGGGGGAGCCUCUAGAACCGAGAGGGCUGGGGAGAGGAGGGGCCACAGGACUGGCUGCUGCCAAGCCUAGGUGGAGGCCGUGGUGGCCUGGGACACCCUGUGUUCCCAUGGCCAUAUUCCCCUGGGCCUGGUGCUUCUCCCUCACCUCUGCAGCCCCCGCCAUCCUUGCCCCCUCCCCUACGGAGCCAAACCCAGCAGGAGGCUGGGCCUGGGUUUGCACUGGUGGGGACCGUCAUCACAGGUGGGAGCCUGGAGCAGGGAGGGGCUGCACGGCCCCGGAAGGACUUGGGGUCGUGGGGGAGAAGCAUGGCUGUCGGGCAAGGGCCAGGGCCUCAGGCCUAGCCCAGACCCCAGCCUGGGGAGGGGUCCUCCCUGCCUGUCUCUUAUGCCUUAUGGGAAGGCCCAGCCAUAACUCGGGGCCGUGCUGGAGCCGGGACCAGCUCAGGCCUCCUCCAUAGGAACCGGGUGACUGUGGGGGUGACGCCUGCACCCCCAGCCCUUUGCACUCUUGGGUUUGUGGUUUGAUUCUCUUAGCUUUUCUCUCUGAGUGGCCCUGUGGUCACCGUCUCAGGGGGCCCAGUGCGGGGAGCCCCCCACCUGUUCCCCACUCCUCCUGGGGAUCUCACUCUACCUGCCUGGCCCCUUUGCUGUCAGGCCUCUGGGUGGGGAGACUAUGGGGGUCAUGUGACUGCUGGCCCAAAGGUAAUGCCCCAGGGGGUGGCCGCAGCAGGGGGCUCUGGGCUCCUGGCCAAGGGAGGUCCUACACUGGAGUUCUUGCGUGUCUCUUUCAUUCAUUGGGCUUUGUUCACCCAUCUAUCCAUGGGCAGAAGUGGGGUCGGUGUGUGAGUGAGAGCAGGAGUAUUUAUGGAAAUAAAACGUCCUUUUUUCCUGGA